AUGCAGGGAGCCCACGUGCUGCAGCUGCUGCUGCUGGGCCUGGGGAUUCAGCUGUCCCAUGGAUUCAUCCCAGCUGAGGAGGAAGACCCAACCUUCUGGAACUACCAGGCAGCCCAGGCUCUGGACGCCGCCAAGAAGCUGCAGCCCAUCCAAACCGCCACCAAGAACCUCAUUCUCUUCCUGGGGGACGGGAUGGGGGUGCCCACAGUGAGCGCAGCUCGGAUCCUAAAGGCACAGUUGAAUGGCAAGCUGGGACCUGAGACCCCCCUGGCCAUGGACAAGUUCCCAUACCUGGCUCUGGCCAAGACAUACAACGUGGACAGACAAGUGCCAGACAGUGCAGGCACAGCCACGGCCUACCUGUGUGGUGUCAAAACCAACUACCGGACCAUCGGUGUGAGUGCCGCGGCCCGGUAUAACCAGUGCAACACCACACGUGGCAACGAGGUCAUCUCCGUGAUGAACCGGGCCAAGAAAGCAGGGAAGUCAGUGGGGGUGGUGACCACAACGAGGGUGCAGCACGCCUCACCAGCCGGCACCUACGCACACACGGUGAACCGCGAAUGGUACGCGGAUGCAGACAUGCCUGCCCAGGCGCUGAAGGACGGCUGUCAGGACAUUGCCGCUCAGCUCAUCUCCAACAUGGACAUUGAUGUGAUCCUGGGUGGAGGCCGCAAGUACAUGUUUCCCAAGGGCACCCCAGACCCUGAGUACCCUGGUGACGCCUCACAGCAAGGAACCAGAGCGGACAUGAGGAACCUGGUUCAGGAGUGGCUGGCCAAGCACGAGGGCGCCCAGUACGUGUGGAACCGAACAGCGCUCCUCCAGGCGUCCCAGGACCCCUCCGUGACGCACCUCAUGGGCCUGUUUGAGCCAAAGGACAUGAAGUACGAGGCCCAACGAGACAGCAAGCUGGACCCGAGCCUGAAGGAGAUGACAGAGGCCGCCUUGCGCCUGCUGAGCAGGAACCCCCGGGGCUUCUACCUCUUUGUGGAGGGGGGCCGCAUUGAUCAAGGCCACCAUGCGGGAAAAGCCUACUUCGCACUGACCGAGGCUGUCAGUUUUGAUGACGCCAUUAACAGGGCCAGCCAGCUCACCAGCGAGAAGGACACACUGACCCUUGUCACCGCUGACCACUCUCACGUCUUCACUUUUGGUGGCUACACUCUGCGUGGCACCUCCAUUUUCGGGCUGGCUCCUGAGGCAGCAUCCGAUGGCAAGACCUACACCUCCAUCCUUUAUGGCAACGGCCCCGGCUUCGUGAUCAGCGGGGGCUCCCGUCCCAACGUCAGUGACAGCCAGAGCAAUGACCCCAACUACAAGCAGCAGGCGGCCGUGCCCCUGUCGUCCGAGACCCACGGUGGGGAGGACGUGGCGGUGUUCGCACGUGGCCCGCAGGCGCACCUAAUGCACGGGGUGCAGGAGCAGAGCGUGGUGGCGCAUCUCAUGGCCUUCGCCGCCUGCCUGGAGCCCUACACGGCCUGCGGCCUGGAGCCCCCCGCCAACGCCAGCAUCCCCGGGCCCAGCACCGACGCCGCGCACCCCGGGCCGUCCACGUCGCUGGCCGCGGUGACGGGGGCGCUGUGGCUGGCACUGCUGGGGAGAGUGGUGCCCUGA